UAAUCCAAGUCAAACAGCUUACGCAGAAGUACCACUGAGGCUGACUCUCUCCACGCUAACAGCUUUACAGGACCUGGCACGAGCUUCCAAAACACUAAAGGAAAACCGAGCAUCCCCGCGGAAGAACCGAGACAACCGAAACCUGCCCUCGAUCUCAGAGCGGCGCUGUCACACGCUUGCACACAGAUAUACAAACCCACUGUCUCUCUCUUUCUCACACACACGCACAGACAAACGCACGCACCGAGGAGCAAACAGUCUCUCUCCCUUUCUCACUCUCUCUCUCGCUCACUCACCCUCCCUCCCAUCCACACACACACACACCACUACAGUAUAUCAGCUAGCGACUCACAGAGAAAAGGAGGGGAGAGCAGAAAUGAAUGUGAAGAUCCUGACGCUGGUGAUUGUGCUGGUGGUUUCUCUGCUGUGUUCAGCCAGUGCUGGUCCAAUGGCCUCCACCGAGCAUAGCAAAGAGCUCGAGGAGAUGAGCAGCAUGAGGACUCCUUUGCGGCAGAACUCCGCUCGAGCCGGCCGGAACCAAAGACCUUCUGGCUGGAGGAGGAGACGCCCUCGACCCCGCCUCUCUCAUAAGGGGCCCAUGCCAUUUUAGAGCAAGGCACAGCUUAAAGUGCCCUCCCCCUUGGUUUUGAUUUCUACGCUCUUCCUUUGCCUUGGGGGGCCUUGCAACAAGGGGCCUUUGCUAGCCCAGCCUGAAGAGUGAUGUCCAUAGCACCUGCUGGUUCUUCAAGCAACUCUUCUUCUGUCCACAAAAAACCAGGACAAGCCACUCACCCUCAGCUCUACGAAGAAUUGUGGGCCGGGAAAGGGGGUGGGGGGUUUUGAGCCCAAGCUAUCAGAUUCUGUCUCUCUCUCUCUGUCUGUCUCUCUCCUCCUGUGGUUUUCCUCAUUUGCUUUCUAGAGCCCUUUCAUGGCCACACUUUGCAUGACGUGUGAGCAGUGGAGAGCCUGGUCCAAACAGUUAUAGUCUGAAAGCGUCAGUUUCUUCUCCGAGGUGUGCUAGUCCAAUUCUCUCCAGCGUGAAGGUGACCACAGCGCUUUGUUCCAUUGCUAUCAAGUGGUUUGUAAAUGAUGUUUAUGAGGGAGAGAAGUGGCAGGGAACCAAAAGUUAUGGCACUGUUUUGAACUUCCUCAUCAGGGUCUCAGGCCCAGUACGGUCAGGUCAGCAUCUUUUAAUUUCAUAAUCCAUUUUAUCAUCUCACCUAGAACACAAAAACAGUCUGACGUCUCCAAGAGAGCAUCUUAACUGCAUCAAUUGAGUUACAAUUGCAGAUCAUGCAAUUACCUCGGAAAAUUAUUGCUUUGUUGAAAGGAUAUAAUCAGGUUUCCAGUAAAUGACACAUCCACGCCACACAUCUCAAUUACAUUUCAUCCAUCUUCUCACGCGACCCCAUCGUUUCAUUGUGCCGUCUGAUGGGCAUUACACAUCACCCUACCAAUGAACCAUCAGCAGUCAGAGGCUUAAACAUAAAGCCACAUUGUCUUGUUAGAAAAUCACACUCCACUUUGAUGAGUGUGAGAUCAUCGGUCCCGAGCCUUCUUCUCCUCCCCCAUGACACACACUGCUUUAUAGCAGAGAUACACGACUGUUAACCGGCCAGGGUGAUCUGCUGAACACGGCAGACCAUCUCUCCUUUUUAAUGAAGUGCCAAACAGCAAAUCUACUCUACAGUGCUGCCUGGAGAAGUAAACAUGUUACCUCUCAUUAUGGGGAAGCAUAACAUUUGACCACAUAUGCAUUUUGCCACAUUUGUUUUAAGAUCAAAUAUAAAGGCAAUGGUAGCAGUUUAAGUUUAAAAUACACCAGACCAAAAAAAGCUUGAUAUUUAAAGGCUGUGUUACCCCCUUGAAACGGUUCUAUGACACAACUCUAAUGCCUUUAUUUGACAUAUUACUGGAAUUUCUUAUUGGUUCUCAUUCUUUUGUUGUCAUCUUUUCAGUUUAUUUUCUCAGGAUGCUGUGACAGAAGUCUGCAUGCUCCUAUAUUACAUGCAUUUAUUUAAGAAACACACAUGAUUUGUAUCUGCACCAUUUAGCUUCGUGUUUAUGCCGUAGCUACAUAUCUACGUUUAUACAAGCCAUUAUUUGUUCUCUCCUCAUCGGGAGCAGUUGCCUUUUGGGUUUGAGCUUCUUUAGCACAGGUGGCUGUGAUGGCCGCGGUCAUUAAAUCCAAUUGCUUAUCUGUUUUAGAUGGCUAUUGAAAAAACCCUUCACAAGUCACGUAGAGCUCGGUGAAAUCGGCAAAGAAUGACCAAACCUACCCCUAGCUUUCAGCUGAAUUAUCUUUAUGAUGUAAUAAUGAUAGUCAUUAAGCCCCAGUAGUCCCUCGAGGUCUGUUUUGACUUUACUUGUAGCUUUCAGUUAGAUACCAAUAAUGAGGCAGAGAUAAGAGGCUUUUACGAGACUGUUAACUACACCUAAUUCCGAUGCUUAACUAGACAACAUAGUUUUUUUAGCAUUCUGGUCCCUCCGGCAUUUGCCGUUUGUCAUUUUCUCUGUGGAUUUGGAGGAUCUGCUGUUUAUCCUCAGCUCUUCAUAAGAAACCACAGCACCGACACACCCAGCCAAGCUCACCAUGAUUAAAAAUGUAUCGAAUCUUAGGGGGCUGUGAAUACUAAUAAUUCCAUUCACGCCAUUAUUAUUUUACACGCUGAAUUUCAUUUCAGAAAGCGCUCCGCAUCAGUAGGUCAGAACGCAGAGAUGAGUUUCCAUUUGUAAGACUGGAGCAGUUGACUUACAGUACACUCCAAAACGGUCAGAAGAGUACUGAUAGAGGUGCAGAGUAAUGCCUGUAUCCACACUGUUAUUCAUGAAUGUAUCUUUACCAUCUUCACUAGAGCUGAACCGCCCCUCCGGUGAGGGACGUCGAGUAGUGUUUCCGUUCAGUUCAAGCCUUGAAUCGCGAAAACCUACCCUAUCACUGCUACACACGACAACCAACCCCAAACCCCCUUCCCACUGAUGGUGAUGGUUAUCUCUUUCAUCAAACAUCCAAAGACAAAUAUGACAAAAUCCAAAGCUUGCUAUAGAAGAGACCCCUAUCAAUCAUUUGGCAUUCCUCCAACACCUCUGUACGGACAUACAAGGCUACACUUUUGCAAUUCCAUUAUGCUGCUGGAAAAAUAAAUCCUGAAAACGUCUUUUGGCAUGUAAUGGUUUUCCAGUGUCUUGUGACAAUUAAAUUGACUCAUUCUUGUCUAGCUGGUUGUCCAAAGCUUACUUUUCUCGAGACCGCGUGGAAAGCUAUAUUUUAUUUUUGUGUAUAUGGUCGUAUACAAGCGUAGAAAAAUUUGUCUGCUGCACAAUAUGUCGUGGACACAAAAGAGCUUUCACACCUUCGUUUGCUGUCUGACUCCGUCCGUCGUCGCCAUCAGCACAUCGGGUUCAUGGAGCUUGUGCCGCAAAGAAUAGUCCAGACUCCAAACUGAAAAGGCAAACCAACAUAUUAUACUUACAGAGCACAAAUCAUUUUCUAUAUAUAUAUUAUUUUUUAUUUUUAAUGAGAAAAGAGCUUAUGAGAAACUCAUUCCAAUUCUUUCGUGUGUUUCAAUCCAGUUUGGCUCCAUUGUUACGUCAUAAGUCCUAUGCACUUGUAAACCUUUUCCUUGAAAGCAAACAAGAUGUAAGUGGAAAUGGAUUCAGCAGGUGUUUGUAUGUUAAGAAUAGACAUGUGGAAGUUCUUGAGAGUUCCUCAACGUCGUAAUGAUUUAGAAAGUCAAAAGGCAAUGGACAUACAAUACAAAACUGAAUUGGUCCAUUAGGGCACAAGUGCCCUGCUUUUAUCACACAUUUGGUCGCUUGUUUUUGAUUAGUUUGUCACAGCGCAUGUUAAAUGUGGCGACUAACGGAAAAUCAAUCUCAACAGUUCACAAAUGUCUACAACUGAGCAAACAACUAAAUAACUUCAGCCAUGAGCGAGACGCUGAGAAUGACCUAACAAUUCAGUUGCUUUGACUUCACACCUACUGUAUAAAGAGCUCUGUGAUUCAAACCUCUAUCCAAAACAUGCAUUCAUACACAUGGUCUGUUUGUUAAGCACACCCAUCCAUGUCGAACGGUCUAUGGAGAACUCAAACUCAAAUGUUUAACCAGGCCGGCAUUACAUCAGUAUUAGUAGGCCACAUUAAAGCAGCAUUGGUAUUAAUCCUCCUCUUUAUUUCAGUGGGAGGUGUGUGCUCAUCAAAGUCACCUGGCCAAAUGUACAGUCCCUGUCUCUGUUUUGAUGUUGAACUGGGCAAAAACAAAUGAAUAAAUAAAUGAAUUAAACAAGUGUAUCAGAAAUGGUUGAAAUACUGUGUACAUAUUUGAACUUUUUGUUUCUAAUUUAUAAAAGAUAAGCUUUAGCUCUUGGAGUACUUAUUUUAUUUUUUCCUUUCAUGCGUAGCUUUGUGUUUUUAUUUUCUAUUUCUGUAAAGUGUGUAAAUAUAUCUUUAUGAUAAUAAGUAAUAUUAA